AUGGCUCCUGCUGCCGCUCUCCUGCUGGCUCCGCUCCUCUUGGGGUCCCUCUGGGGGCUCUCCGCUGCAGGCUCCCUCUUGAGCCGGUUUGGGGAGCACGUCCAAGAAGCGCAGGCUGAGCUGGGGGAGCCGAGUUCGGCGAGGGAGGGCUGGCUCUGGCAGCCCCUGGAUCCCUUUAACAGCUCGGACCGACGCUCCUUCCUGCAGAGGUACUGGGUGAAUGCUGAUCACUGGAGGGCCCCGGACGGCCCCGUGUUCCUGCACAUCGGGGGCGAAGGCAGCCUUGGGCCGAGCUCUGUGCUUAAAGGUCACCCCGGGACCCUGGCCCCUCCCUUUGGGGCUCUGGUGGUAUCUCUGGAGCACCGGUUUUACGGCCACAGCGUCCCCCCAGGAGGACUGGGCCUGGAACAGCUGCGCUUCCUGUCCAGCCGGCAUGCCCUGGCCGACGUGGCCUCCGCCCGCGUCCAUCUCUCUCGGAUCUACAACAUCUCGGCCUCCAGUCCCUGGGUCAGCUUUGGCGGCUCCUACGCCGGCUCCUUGGCUGCCUGGGCCCGGCUGAAGUUCCCCCACCUCAUCUGGGCAGCCGUGGCCUCCUCGGCUCCCGUGCAAGCCCAGCUGGACUUCUCCAGCUACAACCGGGGAGUGUCCAGGAGCCUGGCGGACCCCGCAGUGGGUGGAUCCCCGAAGUGCCAGAGGGCCGUGGCCCGGGCCUUCUCCGAGCUGGACCGUGGCCUGUCCGAGGGCCAGGAGGCCCGGGUGGCCCUGCGGGCAGCGGUGAGGGCCUGUGGAGCCCUGGAGGCCCCCGAGGACCAGGCCGAGCUCCUGGAGCAGCUGGAGGGGCUGGUGGGGGCGGCCGUGCAGUACGACCGGCAGGUCGGAGCGCCCCUGGACGUGAGCGGCCUCUGCCACCUCAUCCUGGCCAACCGGAGCGGGGGGCCCCUGUCGGGGCUCCGGGACGCCGUCCAGCUUGUCCUGCAGGCCCUGGGCCUCCCCUGCCUGCCCAGCUCGAGGGCGGCUGCCGUGGCCGCCCUGAGGGACACCAGGCCCCGGGCCACGGGCCCCGGCGACAGGCAGUGGUUCUACCAGACGUGCACAGAGUUCGGAUACUAUAUCACCUGUCAGGACCCCAGCUGCCCCUUCUCCAGGCGCAGCGCGCUCUCCGCCCAGCUCCAGCUGUGUGCCCGGGUGUUCGGGCUCUCGCCGGCCUCCGUGGCCGAAGCCGUGGCCCGGACCAACACCUACUACGGGGGCCAGAGCCCCGGGGCUACCCGUGUGAUCUUUGUCAACGGUGACAUCGACCCUUGGCACGUGCUGGGCGUGCUCCGGGCCCCGCGGCCCUCCGAGCCGGCCCUGCUCCUGAGGGGCACGUCCCACUGCUCAGACAUGGCCCCGGCCCGGCCCUCGGACCCGCCCAGCCUCCGCCUGGGGCGCCAGAAGAUCGCCCGGCAGCUCAAGGUCUGGCUCCGGGAGGCAGAAGCCCUCGGGGGGAGCUCCUGAGCAAGGGCCCAGGCCGCCCGGCGACAGAGGAGACUUCAGCUUCGUGGAGCCAUUGGUGCCUCUUCUCUCCGAGCUGGGGGAAGUCCCGCGGCUCAUCCCCCCCAUUUCUCACCCCCCCGGGACCCCGCUGGCGAACGCACACUCACAAAAGUCGCCAUGUUCCCGGCCACAAUCCGUCCCCAUCUCACCCCGCUGCCCACCUCGCUGUCGCCACCUCGUGAACUGCCACCCUCGCCUGGGACCCUCGCUCUGCUGCCCGGACGCGGCUCACGGGCAGACAUUGUCGCUGGAUCUGGGGGGUUUCUAGGCGCUCAGUGGGCAGAGCGGCAGAUGGCGUCACCUUGUCCCUGAGAACCCCCAGC